AAAGCGCGCCAAAUGAAGAAAACCCUCCGUUUCAAUGGCUCCAUUCGUUCGAAAAUCAUCAUCUCUCUGAAAGUCCAUUGAUUUUAGUUUAUCAGUUUAUUGAUUUGCCCAAACAUGGGCAAGCAAAAGCAGCAAGUGAUUUCUCGUUUCUUUGCUUCCAAACCCAAAAUUCCGGCCGCCUCAACUCCUCCACCGUCAAACCCUUCGUCGCAUUCUUCUCCUCCGCCGAAGCCGGUGAUUUCCUCUCCUAAUGUUAAAACGACGGUCUCGUUUUCUCCUUCAAAACGGAAACUUCUGUCUUCCCACCUCGCUUCCACUCCUAAAAGACUCAAACCCACGCUUUCUCCUCACACCCAGAACCCAGUUCCUCCUCAGUCUAAUCCUUCACUCCACCAGAAGUUCCUCCAGAAACUUCUCGAACCCCCUUCACCGCCUCUUCUGGAAUCUUCUAUCGAACCUUCCGAAUCCGAUCACAAGAAGUACACUCCAUUGGAACAGCAAGUUGUGGAUUUAAAAAAUAAGUACCGGGAUGUUCUUCUCAUGGUGGAAGUUGGUUAUAGGUUUCGGUUCUUUGGGAAAGAUGCGGAAAUAGCAGCUAAAGUGUUGGGGAUUUACGCCCAUGUUGAUCGCAACUUCUUGACAGCAAGCGUGCCAACUUUUCGACUGAAUGUCUACGUGAGGAGGCUGGUUAGUGCCGGGUACAAGGUUGGGGUGGUGAAACAGACAGAAACAGCUGCUAUUAAGGCUCAUGGUUCCAACCGGGUUGGUCCGUUUGGCAGAGGUUUGUCGGCGUUGUACACGAAAGCUACGCUGGAGGCGGCGGAGGAUGUGGGAGGGAAAGAGGAAGGGUGUGGUGCAGAGAGUAAUUAUUUGGUUAGUGUUGUGGAGAAAGUUUUGGAUGUUUCCGGGUCGGUUUCAAAUUUUGGUGGGGCUAAUGUGAGGAUUGGUAUUGUUGGAGUAGAGAUUUCAACCGGGGAUGUUGUUUACGGUGAGUUCGAUGAUGGGGUUAUGAGGAGUGGGCUUGAAGCUGUGGUUUUGAGCUUGGCUCCGGCCGAGUUAUUGCUCGGACAACCACUUUCGAAACAAACAGAGAAGUUGUUAAUGGCAUAUGCUGGACCUGCCUCGAAUGUUCGUCUGGAGCAUGCCUCUUGUGAUUGUUUCAAGGAUGGUGGUGCACUUGAGGAUGUGAUGUCCCUUUAUGAGAAGAUGGUUGAAGAUAAUUUAGCAGACAAUGUGAAUCAGUUAGCAGAGGCUACAGAACAAAGAAAUUCAAUUCAGGGAGUCCUGAACAUGCCAGAUUUGGCUUUACAAGCGCUGGCCUUAACUAUUCGUCAUCUCAAGCAAUUUGGAUUUGAAAGAAUUUUGUGCUGUGGAGCUUCAUUUCGCUCCUUAUCAAGCAGGGUGGAGAUGAACCUUUCAGCAAAUACACUUCAACAAUUAGAGAUUCUGAGGAAUAAUUCAGAUGGUUCUGAAACUGGCUCGUUGCUAGGAGUCAUGAAUCAUACUCUCACUACUUAUGGAUCGAGGCUUUUAAGACACUGGGUUACUCACCCAUUAUGUGAUAGAAACAUGAUAACUGCUCGACUGGAUGCUGUGUCUGAAAUUGCUUUGUCAAUGGGGUCUUAUAAAGGCUCUCAGAGUAUUGUUGAGAUUGAGGGGGGAGAUUCUGAUGCAACCAUUAUGCAGCCAGAACUGUCCUGUUUGCUUUCCUCAGUUUUAACUUUUUUAGGAAGAUCACCUGAUAUUCAACGUGGAAUAACAAGAAUCUUCCAUCGGACUGCCACCCCAUCAGAGUUCACUGCAGUUAUUCAAGCUAUUCUGUCUGCCGGAAAGCAACUUAAGCGGCUUCAUAUUAAUGAAGAAUAUGAGGACUAUGGCUGCAAUAAAAUUGGAGUUGCAAUUGUGCAGUCUGCUCUGUUGAGAAGGUUGAUUUUGACUGCUUCAUCAUCUAAAGUACUUGGCAAUGCUGUGAAACUACUGUCUACCCUAAACAAAGAAGCAGCUGAUAAAGGGGAUUUUACAGACUUAAUCAUUAUAUCUAAAGACCAAUUUCCAGAGGUUGCUAGAGCUCGGAAAGCACUUCAGUUGGCAAAGGAGAAACUGGAUAAUUUGAUUGGCUUGUAUAGAAAGCAAUUUAGGAAUCACAAAUUGGAAUUUACAUGUGUUUCAGGAACUACACAUUUGGUAGAGCUGUCUAUAGAUGCCAAGGUACCUUCAAACUGGGUUAAGGUAAGCAGUACCAAAAAAACAGUAAGGUAUCAUCCACCUGAAGUAUUGACAGCACUAGACCAGUUAAGACUGGCAAAUGAAGAGCUCACCAUUAUUUGUCGAGCUGCGUGGGGCAGCUUUCUUAUGGAGUUUGGAGAAUAUUAUAUGGACUUUCAAGCUGCUGUUCAAGCUCUUGCCACUCUGGACUGUUUGCACUCUCUUGCCAUUCUUUCAAAAAAUAAGAAUUAUGUCCGUCCUAUCUUUAUGGAGGACAAUAGACCUGUUCAAAUACAAAUCCACGCUGGCCGCCACCCUGUACUGGAGACAAUCUUACAAGACAAUUUUGUUCCAAAUGACACAAUAUUGCAUGCAGACCGAGAAUAUUGUCAGAUUGUUACCGGUCCUAAUAUGGGGGGGAAAAGUUGUUACAUUCGCCAGGUUGCUCUAAUCGCUAUGAUGGCUCAGGUUGGUUCCUUUGUACCAGCAGAAUCAGCCACUCUGCCUGUCUUAGAUGCUAUCUACUCAAGGAUGGGUGCUUCCGACAGUAUCCAACAAGGGAGAAGUACCUUUCUAGAAGAACUAAGUGAGGCUUCUCAAAUACUCCACAGUUGCACUGCAAACUCACUGGUCAUCAUCGAUGAGCUUGGAAGAGGAACUAGUACACAUGAUGGUGUAGCUAUUGCUUAUGCCACAUUGCAUUAUCUACUGGAGCAGAAAAAAUGCAUGGUCCUUUUUGUGACCCAUUACCCUAAAAUUGCUGAUAUUAAAGCCGAAUUUCCUGGGUCUGUGGAGGCAUACCAUGUCUCGUAUCUGACCUCAAAUAAUGAUGAGGGCACUAUCGAUUCAAAAUCUGAUCAUGAAAUAACCUACCUGUAUAAGCUUGUCCCUGGUGUUUCUGCAAGGAGUUUUGGUUUCAAGGUUGCUCUGCUCGCGCAGCUGCCUUCAUCGUGUAUCAAUAAAGCAAUGAUAAUGGCUACAAGACUGGAAACGAUUGAAAGCAGCAGAGCGAGGAAAAAAUCAGGAGAAAAGCAGUUGCAGGAAACACCAUCUAGUGAUCAAGAACUAGAAACACAAGCAAUUGUAUUAAAAUCUACUGCUAGCUUCCGUGGUGAAAGGACAGAGGAUUCAGAAGAAUUUGUUAGCGCUGUCAGGGACUUGCUUUCGAAAUUGAAGUCUGCAACAACGGAUGAUGACUGUGCAAAAAGCUUGGAGCUAUUUAAAGAAGCUCAAGGCAUUGCAAAUGAAUUAAUAAACAGAUAAGAGGCAGUUAGUUCCUCAAGGUGAGACAAUGGAUAUGGUAUGAAGGAGAAAAGCAAGAUGAGAUUUGUGAGACGAUUUUGUGAAUAGAAUAGACUACUAUUGUAUAUGAGCAAGUUUUGUAAUUUUUAUAACCAGCCAUAGUUUCAUGUUGAUUUUCUGGUGAAAAAUGAGGUUGGCAUUUCAUAUAUAAAAUUAUGUUAUAUAUUAUAUUUUUCAUACUUAUAUCCUAAUAUCUUGAACUUGAAAGUAAGCACAUAAAGGCAACAAAUCCCCUUACACAAUACCUGUAGUUUCAAACGAGAGACCUACAAACAGUUGUACCAUUACCAAACGAAGCAGUCAAUAACUCUCAAUUAAGGGACCGAAAACGUGUCCCGUUACUUUUCUUUUCAUCUAAUUACCAAUUAAUUUAACCCUGAAAACUGAGUGUUUUUUCUCCCUCUCCUUUGUAACCCUAGCUGCCGCUACCACUCCGGCAUCGUCUCCCACUUGGGCACCUCCAAAUGACAACCUAAAGCCUCCUCUUUGCCUUUGUCUGUUUGGAUUCCCCGGAAAUCUAGUCCAAAUGCUCAAAUUGAAUCUUAAAAUUCAGUUGCUCAUCCGAUCCCAAAUCUCCAUAGUCGGAUUGAUUUUGGUUUGCCUCUCCUCCUCAUUUGCCUCUUAACCGUUGGGAUUGGCCACCGAACCACCGAAACUCCUCCUUUUCAAGGUUUUUGAUUUUGCGUUCUAUUGAUCUCUAAGUCAGACAUGUUGGACCGACUUUUAUUUGCCCGGUUGAUUGUUGACUGGCGAUGGCCAGAGUAGCGUGAAGAUUGGGUCAAAAGAAGUUUAAAAGUUUCAAGUUUUUUUUUGGUUUGGUUUUGGAAGAUCUGAACCAGGAGAAGCGAAGGGGAGAAGGAUAGCAACCUUUCGGUGGCCUCCGAUCACCGUAAAAGGUGGCGGCGGCGGUGCCAGAGACAGGAGGGGACAGCUCUUAAUGUAUUUUAUUUGGAAGAGAAAAUUAUUUUAAUUAAAAAUUAACAUGUAAAAUUAA